AUGCCUAUACACCAAUAUGAAGGCUGGUCGUAUGAGCGGUUGCGGCGGCAACGCAACCGAGCCCACUUCUUGCUCGAGGACCCAUACCGCUACGUGACGGUGCUGCUGAUAUCGAAGCCGGGCAGUCCAGGCGAGCUCAAGUGCAUCGAUAGUCCCUGUUACCACGCCGCCGGCCCAUUAGGUGAGGGCGACAUCGUUGAGAUCGAGGAUCUGCUCUGUCUGCGCUGCCCGUGGCACCGGUAUCUAGUGAACAUCGAAAACGGGGAAGAGAUUCUGCUGAAGGUGGACCCAACCUCCGAGCAAGGCGCAGGAAUGGUCGGCCGCCACGCUGCCUUGCCCACAUACCCGAUGCACUUAGCCGAUCCGUCCGCCGAGGGCGUCACGGUGGUACGCGGAGAGAAGGUUCAGCGAGUGCACCGGGUGUGGCUUGAGGAAGCCACGGGCAUCUUGUCCAUCGAGGUGGCGGAGGAGGCGGUCAUACGCCAGCAUCCCGUCAAAUCUGACAAGCCAGCGAGCAACGUAAAGAAUGGCGGCAUCUGCAUGCAGAUCUUCGACAUUAAGUCACGGGGCCUCGACAAGUUGUGA